AUGGCUCAAGAAAACCCUCAGGCUCUGCCUGUUACUUGUGAACAGCCAUGUGCUUCCGUCAGUAAACAUCAGAGUCAGCGUUUGAACUGUACCUCUCCUUUCAAAGAUGGUUUGGGAAGUACAGAGAGGAGUCUAGCCCAUUCUUCAGUUACUGACUUCAGCAGUUUCAAGUGUAGCUUUGGGUUAAGCUUUCAUUCAAACCUUUUUGUAGAUGGGGAACUUAAAAAUGAAGAAAAAAAUUCUAAAUGUAAUCGAUUUGAGAACUCCAUGAUGAAAAAUUCCUUAAUAUAUAAUCCACAAAUAGGUCUUUCAUGUGUCAAAACACAGAAUUUUCAUAAAUACGGCAGGUUCUUUACACAUCCAGUAUCACCUAAUCAAAAUUCAAGUACAGAUAUUUUAGAAAUCCAGUAUAUAUGUAAAGAAAAUAGGAAGGCCUUUACUGAGGUGUCUGCCUUAAAUAAUCACCAGGGCGCAUUUAUUGGAGAGGCGGUGUAUCAGUGCAAUGAAGAUGGCCGUGACUUAAGCCAUGAGGCAGAUCCUGCGGAUCAGCAGUCUGCUCGUUUCCCAAAGGACUUUUACAAAUGCUACAAAUGCGACACCGUCUUUCAUCAAUACUCGGAACUCAUCAUCCACCAAUAUAUCCAUAUUCAAGACCAGAUUUCCAAGGGGAUGGAUUGCAACACAGCUUUCAGUAAAAGUUCCAGCCUUCCUAGAAGUCAUUCCGGAGAAAAACCCUACAAAUGUAAGGAAUGCGGCAAAGCCUUUACCUAUUGUUCCAGCCUCAGACAGCAUCAUAGGAUUCAUUCUGGUGUCAAACAUCAUAAAUGUAAAGAAUGUGGCAAAGCCUUCUACCAUAAGUCACUCCUUACGCAACACCAGAGCAUCCAUGCCGGGAAGAAGCCCUACUGCUGUAAAUUUUGUGGCAAAGCAUUUAAUCAGAGAUCAACUGUUACUCAGCACCAGAGGAUUCAUACUGGAGAGAGGCCCUACCAUUGCAAAGACUGUGGCAAAGCCUUUCACCAAAGGUCAAGCCUGAGCCUACACCAGAGAGUUCACACUGGAGAGAAGCCCUACAAAUGCCAAGAAUGCGGCAAAGCCUUCAACCGUAAUUCUCUCCUCACUCAGCACCAGAGGAUUCAUACUGGCGAGAAGCCCUACCAUUGCAAAGACUGUGGCAAAGCUUUUAAUAAAAAAUCAAGCCUGACUCAACACCAGAGAAUUCAUACCGGAGAGAAACCCUAUUCUUGUAAAGAUUGUGGCAAAGCUUUUAAUCAAAGAUCAAGCCUCAGCCUGCACCAGAGAGGUCACACGGGAGAGAAACCCAAUAAAUGUAACGAAUGUGGCAAAGCCUUUAACCGUGUGUUUUUCCUCACUCAACACCAGAAAAUCCAUACUGGCGAGAAGGCUUACCACUGUAAGGACUGUGGCAAAGCUUUUAAACAGCGCUCGAGCCUCACCCAGCACCAGAGAGUUCAUACCGGGGACAAGCCCUACCACUGUAAGCACUGUGGGAAGGCUUUUACUCAGAGGUCGAGCUUUACUCGGCACCAGAGAAUCCACACCGGAGAGAAGCCCUACAAGUGCCAAGAUUGUGACAAAGCCUUCAGCCGCAACCUCCUUCUGAUCCAACACCAGAGAAUUCACACAGGAGAGAAACCGUACCACUGCCAAGACUGUGGCAGAGCGUUUAAUCAAAGAUCGAGCCUAACGCAGCACCAGAGGGUUCAUACUGGGGACAAGCCCUUCUGUUGUAAAGACUGCGGCAAGGCGUUCACUCAGAGGUCAAGCUUUAACCGGCACCAGAGAAUCCACAGCGGAGAGAAGCCGUACAAGUGUAAAGUGUGCGAGAGCACCUUCAGCUGCAGCUCCCGCCUCGCUGAGCACCAGUGUGCUUCCUUAGGCAGCUGCUUCCAAGACACAAAGUUCCUCCAAUAUAUGUCUUCUUUCCAAGACAACAGCUAGAACAAACACAAAACUGCCAUGGCUGGAAACUUCUAGAAAACUUCAGUGUAAAAUAAGUGGACAAAUAAUGGAACCUAUGAGUUGUUGAGCAUGAAGAAGGGAAGGAAUGAUUGACAGAUUUGAAUUUGUUUGGAAAAGAUUGAUUUAUUGUAUUAUACAUUCUGAUGCACUUCUACAAGGGCAUUUUCUAGAAGAGUUCUUGUUUCUCUUUGUGUUGCUUUUUCCUUGUUGGAGGAUUUAGACGCUAAUAGAAUGAUCUUAGAGAAAUUUAAAGAGUUAUGUUAACUCGGCUGUUGUUUUAUGUUAUUAACUGGGAAAGUAAUUAUAGUUUGCUUUCUGUUGCUGUGAUAGAUAACUAUAACCAAAAGCAGCCUGGGGAGGAAAUGGUUGGUUUUAGCUUCCUUUUGCAUGUAGCAGUCUAUCAUAGAGAAGUCAGGUUGGGAGCUAAAGCAGGAGCAGGGGAUGGAACCGUGGAAGAGAAGCUCACUGGCUUGCUCCGCCUGGCUCCUGCUCAGCCAGCUUCUCUAAACAUCCCAGGACCAUCUGCCUUUGGGUGGCACUGUCCACAAGAAGCUAGGUUCUCCUACAUCAGUCAGCAAUCGUAACCAUUCCAGACACAGUUAGGGCCGUUCCUCAGCUCCUCGGCCGAGACUCCCACUUUCCACAUGACUCUUGGUGUGGCAAGUUGAGAAUAAGAACAAACAAGGACGGUACAGUGUAAGGCGGUGAUUAGGGAGGACAACAGAGUAGUUAUGGUAGCAAUACAGUAACCAGGAGCCUGCAUCCUACUUAGGGUUCCACAGAGAUGCUCAGAAGAGGCCUGCUCAGGGCGAGACCAACCAGCAGUCUCCCCUCAAAAGAAGAAACAAGAGGUCAGUACAUUUGGUGGAUACACUGGCCUCGGACUUCCCCUGACCCCAAAGAAGAUGGCCCCUU